CGUCAGUUUCAAUUACGGGAGAGUCGAAGUGUGAAUGCACACGAGGUGCCGGAGCACGGUUUGCUUUAUUGGCCCGAGUGCAGAGCGAAAGAGACCAUCAACGCAAGAGCGACGAUAUACACGCGAUAAAACAAGGUGCAAAGAAGGUAAAUUGUUGUUUGAAAUUGAAACCCCAGUGGCGGCAACAUAAUCCUCUGGUCUGGUUGGCUGCAGUCGACCAUUCAGUUCAGUCUGUUCUGUGGCUCCAUUCGUGUCGCGUGCUUUUGGUGGUAUGCUCCUCCCAUCGUAUCGGUGUGUUAUCCUGUAGGGACUCUGUGCUGAAGUGCUGGUUGUUGAAUAACAGUGUUAUCUAUCGGUGAUUAGUGGUUGUUUGGAAGUUACAACAAAUUGGUGUCUUGAGAGACGAUUGAUAAGGGAGCGAAGAAUUUCAAGUGACUGUGUUGAACUUUCGUAAAAGUAGCCACCAUUUUUCCCUUCGACAUCUUCAACUUGUACUCCGCCGAUCUGGAGCAACGGAGCAGCUCGCUAAGCCUGGAGGCAAACUGCCUUAAAAGGCGAAAAUGCAACAGCGACAUGGAGCGGGAUCGUGACCGAGAUCGUGACCGGGAACGGGCCGAGCGGGCGUCUGUCGGCGGAGAGCGCGAUGUGAAACCCCCGAUGGAGCCGCGAGACCUUUCGGCAACGAGGUUGUUCUCCGCGACGCAGAUCAAAAUUAGCACUUCUCCCACCACGUCACCGACGAUCUCGAACUCGUCCUCGCCGACACCGACGCCACCGAUUCCGGCCGUCUCGCCUGCCGUCUCGGGAGUGGGCAGCGGGUACCAUCACUCGAACCACAAGCAGAUUACAGGGAUACCGUGCGUGGCCGCUGCCUCCAAGUACACAGCCCCGGUGCAUAUCGACGUCGGUGGUACGAUUUAUACCAGCUCGCUGGAAACUCUGACAAAAUAUCCAGAUUCUCGGCUGGCAAAACUUUUCAACGGCUGCAUCCCGAUUGUUUUGGACUCGCUUAAACAGCACUACUUCAUCGAUCGCGAUGGCGGCAUGUUUCGGCACAUUCUCAACUUCAUGCGCAACUCCAAACUUCUGGUCGCCGACGAUUUCCCCGAUCUCGAACUCCUCCUAGAGGAAGCCAAAUAUUUCGAUAUUGUUCCUAUGAUCAAACAAAUUGAGCAGAUAAAAAAGGAACGUGCACGCAGUGGGAAUGGGCUUCCUCCGUUUGGGAGUAGCCGACAGAGAAGUAAGUCUGCUUCCCCGCAGGACGCCAACCAUGACGUAGUGGCACUGCACAUCUCACCGGAUUUGGGCGAAAGGAUUUUGAUCUCAGCGGAACGUGCGAUUCUGGAUGAAGUAUUUCCCGAGACUAAUCAAGCUAUCCUAGAUGCUCGAACAGGGGCCGCAUGGAAUCAGUUCGAUGGAAGGCAAGUCAUUCGAUUCCCUCUGAAUGGAUACUGCAAACUGAAUUCAAUUCAGGUGUUGACCCGUUUGCUGAAUGCGGGUUUCAAUGUAGAGGCAAGCACAGGUGGAGGCGUUGAAACGCAGCAGUUCUCCGAGUAUUUACUCGUUCGUAAGAGUUCAAUGUGAUAAUCUAAGUUAAACUGGUAAAUAUAGAGACAGAGAGAAAAGGUAAAGAGGAACGCUCAAAGGAACAUUCUAUGAUUGAAUGUUUGAAACAUGUUUUAGCUAACUUUUAGCAAGCUGCGCUUAUUUUUAUUUAUUAUACUUCUAACAGUCGAAAGAGUCGAUCGUGUCGAUAACAAAAUGAACUAUGUCCAUUUUAAUGUAGUAUCAAGUGAACUAAAGGAUUAUGGGAGCGAAACAGAUAAACAGUGGCAAACAAUUGUUCAAUUAAGGAAUACUUACUAUUAACGUGCGUAAAUAAGGCAUCUAAUUGAAAAUUAGUGUAAUUAGAAAAUUAAAAAAAAAGACAACUGAAAUAUAAUCACACUUUAUGUUACCUCUUUUAAGUAAGUGACAUUGGAACUAAACUAAUAAAAAUCUUCAUCUCCUA